CCUACUCUCUCUUCUUUCACGCUUCGUCUAAGUUCUUACCCUCUUCGUCCGCCUCUCUCUGAAAAGCGACUAAGCGACGGAGGUACGCUCCAUUCCCUCCAACACCGGUCACCGGCGGCGAAGGCGAUUUUCCGGCCACUUCUCAAUCUCCACGACGGUUUUCUGUUUUUGAAAAGGUAAGGUAACUUAGGAAUGGCAGAGAAGAAACCAGUCGUCGGCCUCUCAUGGCAACCACAGUUGGCUAUUCAAUCUAUGUCCAAGGCUACAUAUCUUCCAUCUCACACCAAACCUCAAAUCGAGGCACCAACUAGCACCCUUUGGAAACCCAAUUCAGAAUUGGUUAAUGGGCUAUUUGUUCCUCCCAACGAUCCCCGAAAAGUAAACAAGUUACUGAGACAGCAAGUUAAGGAUACUCUUGGGAAAGAUUGGUUCGACAUGCCUGCUCAAACCAUCACCCCUGAGUUGCAGAGAGAUUGGAAGUUGCUAAAGUUGAGGGGUGUCAUAGAUCCAAAGUUGCACUUCAAGAGGUCUGAUUCAAAAAAUUCCAAGACUCUUCCAAAGUAUUUUCAGAUGGGAACAAUUGUAGAUUCUCCAGUAGACUACUAUACAGGCAGAUUAACAAAGAGAGAGAGGAAAACAUCCAUUGCGGAAGAGUUUCUUGCUGAUCAAACAAGUGCAGCUUACAGGAAACGGAAGGUUCGAGAAAUUGAAGAGCAGCGGAAACCAGGUGGGAAUCCAAACUGGAAGAUCCAAGGUACGGCUACUCGUAAGCGCGCAAAAGAAAGGAGGAAGUUCUGAAUUUCACACACUUUUUGGAGUAUCCAACAUUUGGAGUUCAUUACAUUCACAAUCUUGUUCACAUGCCAAAAAAAUUAAUGCUAAAACAUAUUACAAUUAUCGAGUUCAUGUAAAAAUAUUUAAAAAACCUACUGGUUAUAUUCUGUCAGUUUAUAUCAAUUGUGGUCAAUGUUGAGUCUCAUUUUUGUAUUAUGGAACGUUAUGUUUUUAAUUUCUUUCACCUUCA